CUUAAAUGAAUCAUAAAGAGAGACAGAGCACAUACCGCAUAGCCUAUAGAGGACAAAACACACAUUUGGAAAGAUUUCACUGCUGACACAAUCACAAUGGCCACGACUGCAGAUAUUGCCAGCCAACUUCAGUGCUCCAUGUGUAAAAAGACAGAAGAUUUAACCACUCUGAGUUGUGAACACACCUUUUGCAGAAGCUGUCUGGAUCAGCUCACAAACGUCAGUGAUCCUCAGUGUCCUCAGUGCUCCCAGGCUCCUAAGAGGGAGGAGAUGGAUGACCAGAGUCACUUUAACACAGAUGAAAGAGCCUCAGGUUUAAUUGCUGACAGAAUCACGAUGGCUAAAGCUGCAGAUACUGCCAGCCAACUUCAGUGCUCCAUGUGUAAAAACCAGACAGAAGAUUUAGUCACUACGAGUUGUGAACACACAUUUUGCGAAAGCUGUCUGAAUCAGCACGUAAACAUGAGCGAUCCUCAGUGUCCUCAGUGCCACCAGGCUCCUAAGAGGGCAGAGAUGGAUGAUCUGAAUCACAUUAACACAGGUGAAAGAGCCUCAGGUUUAAUUGCUGACACAAUCACGAAGGCUACAGCUGCAGAUACUGCCAGCCAACUUCAGUGCUCCAUGUGUAAAAUCCUGACAGAAGAUUUAGUCACUAGUACUACGAAUUGUGAACACACAUUUUGCAAAAGCUGUCUGCAUCAGCUCGCAAACAUGAGCGAUCCACAGUGUCCUCAGUGCCACCAGGCUCCUAAGAGGGUGGAGAUGGAUGACCUGAGUCAAUUUAACACAGAUGAAAAAGGUGAGAUCCUGUGCGACAUCUGUGAGGAAAACCGGAGGUUCAGAGCUGUGAAGUCCUGCUUGACCUGUUUACUCUCAUACUGUGAAAAUCAUCUGAAGCCGCAUCAGUCUAUGGAGAUGCUGAGGGGUCAUAAACUGGUAAAACCGGUGGAGAGAUUGGAUGAGAGAGCAUGCAGUGUCCACGGCAGACCACUGGAUCUCUACUCUACCCGAGACAAACGCUGCAUCUGUGCUUUAUGUGUGACACCUGGUGAAGAUGUCAUAACCUUGGAGGCAGAGAGAAAGAGGAGAGAGGCCGAACAGCAAAGGACUAUUGUAAAGUUGAAAAGUGUGAUUGAAAAGGGACAAAACAAAAUUAUAGACCUUAAGAAUACGGCCAGAAACAUUGUAGAUGAGAUAAACAGAGAGCAGACAGAGAUAAAGAAGGUGUUUGCUGCAGUGAUGGAUGCUGUGAAGAGAGCCGAGGAAGAGCUGAUUGCUCCUCUAGAGGAUAGAAGAAGGAGUCUGGAGAGAGAGAUGGAAGAGAAGACACAGAAGAUUCAGGAGGACCUCGAAGAGUAUAAAAACAUCAUCAACCAUCUGAAUCAAACUCACAAUGAAGAAGACGACAUCCUCUUUCUCCAGUCGUAUCCAUCUGUGCCUGCUGAAUUCAGAGAUGAUUUGAGAGUUUCUAUUGACACUGAACUAAACUUUGGCUCCAUGAGAAAUAUAACCACAUCUGUUUUGACUUCUGUGAGGACUCAGCUGGAGAAUCUUUGCUCUUUUGAAAUGAGAAGAAUUCAGACGUUUUUAGUGGAUGUUAUUCUGGAUAAAAAAACCGCACAUCCAGCUCUGGAAGUGUCUCAAGACGGCAAAGCUGUAAGAGGCAAAGCAAACGCUCAUGACAGUCCGGGCGUCCCAAAGCAAUUUGAUCUGGUGGCUGGAGUCCUGGGAAAUCUUCAGAUCAAGUCUGGAAAAGCAUUCUGGUUAGUGGAGGUGGGACAGAUAACGGGCUGGGAACUGGGCAUAGUGAGAGAAAAUGCAAACAGGAGAGGCACGGUCUCCUACAAACCCAGUGAGGGUUAUUGGGUCAUUGUGUUCUGUGGUCCAAACACAUAUGGAGCUUAUGAAGAAAAACCCAUUCAGCUGCAUCUCUCCACCAAACCUCAGAAAGUGGGAGUGUUUGUCGACUAUGAGAGCGAUCUCGUCUCCUUCUAUGAUAUGGACGAUCAGUCACACAUUUACACAUUCACUCAGUGUAGAUUCAAUGGAACGAUACGUCCAUAUUUUAAUCCUCAUCCCAACAAAAAUGUAAAAAAUUCAGAUCCAAUGAUAAUUUUUUCUGUUAAUCCAUCAAUGUAACAUAUACAGUAAACACAUCACUACAUAAAUAUAUGACAAUUAUUUUAUAUCAUAACAUCAAAUAUCACGGUGGACGGGUUUUGUUCGUAAAUUAAUAUAAUUUUUUCCAAAGUUUUUGUUUGAAAAUCACAGUUUAACAGAUUACAGUUACAGAUAAUUGUAUAGUGUACAAUUUCUGUAUGGUGAAUUUUAGAAGGUUUAUAGUCCCACAGUUCAGAACAAUGCAAUAUAAAUACAUCUUUGUUUCUGCACUUGUUAACCCAGUUAAUCUAUCAUCUAUCUAUAUCUAUUUGAUAAUUUUAUUUUGAAUGUUGUGGUUUAUGUUUUAUUUAUAUUUCAUGCUAUUAAUUUAGCGGUGAUGGGAAUUAACAACAGCACUCUUCUCUUAUUUAUUAUGCUGAGCACUGUUGGUGUUGUUUGCAAAAUAUGUGUCAAGAUGUAUGACCUCAUUCACUGCAAACUAAAUAUAUCUACAGAUACAAAUAAAGGAACAUAAACCUGAUGUUUCUAUGAAAUGU